AGUACUGAAAGUCUAAUGAGCCUUUCAAAAGCUGAAGUGAGAACAGAAACCUCCCAAUCUCUUCGGGACCAGGGAAAAGGUUACGGAUUUCGGGGGGAGGGUGAGCGUAGCCCACCAAGGCGAAACAAAAAGUUUCGAAAGCCCUCUCCUGAAUUUUGGGAUGAUGGAGCUGGGAGAUGCGCGGGACACGUCCCAUCGGAGGGCUACCCUAAAAACUCCGAGGGGACAGCUUGGGCUGACGAGGACCCGAAUGGCUAUACUAAUCUCCAUAACGAAAGGUCUCAAAAAGAGGCUGAAGAGCAAUAUCAGGAUGGAGGUAUUCAGCCAAUCGUCCAGACCUCUGAGAACAAUGACUAUGUGGUGGAUGUCAUUGAAAGCUUCGAUGAUAUGAACUUGAAUGAACCAUUGCUCAGAGGAAUUUAUGCCUAUGGUUUUGAAAAGCCUUCCGCUAUUCAGCAGAGAGCCAUCAAACCCUGUAUUGAUGGAGUUGAUGUGAUUGCCCAGGCCCAGUCUGGUACAGGAAAAACUGCUACCUUCUCCGUAGCAAUCCUUCAGAAACUUGAUGUAAACAGCAAAUACUGCCAGGCUUUGGUCCUGGCUCCAACUAGAGAGUUGGCACAGCAGAUCCAAAAGGUGGUGGUCGCUCUUGGAGACUACAUGAAUGCCUCCUGUCAUGCUUGUAUUGGUGGUACCAAUGUGCAGGCUGAUGUAGCCAAGCUGAAGGCAGGUGUACAAAUUAUCGUCGGCACCCCAGGCCGAGUCUACGAUAUGAUCCAGCGCAAAGCAUUGGAUCCCUCAACCAUUGACCUUUUCAUCCUGGAUGAGGCUGAUGAAAUGUUGUCCAGAGGUUUCAAGGAUCAGAUCUACGACAUUUUCAGGUUCUUGAAAGAAUCUAUACAGGUCAUCCUGUUGUCUGCUACAAUGCCUAGUGAGGUUUUGGAAGUUACAACCAAGUUCAUGCGGGAUCCUGUCCGCAUCUUGGUGAAAAAAGAUGAACUUACCCUUGAUGGUAUCAAACAGUUUUAUGUCAAUGUCGAAAAAGAGGAGUGGAAGCUUGACACCCUCUGUGACUUGUACGAGACAUUGACAAUCACACAAGCUGUCAUCUUCUGUAACACGAGAAGGAAGGUGGACUGGCUCACCGAGAAGAUGUUGGCAAGAGAUUUCACUGUCUCAUCCAUGCACGGAGAGAUGGAUCAAAAGGAACGUGACGUGAUUAUGAGGGAGUUCCGUACUGGCUCUAGCCGAGUUCUCAUCACUACAGAUCUGUUGGCCAGAGGUAUUGAUGUUCAGCAGGUGUCCCUGGUCAUCAACUACGAUCUCCCCGCUAACAGGGAAAACUACAUCCACAGAAUCGGUCGUGGUGGACGAUUCGGACGUAAAGGAGUGGCAAUAAACUUCAUCACAUCGGAGGAUAAACGUCCAUUGAAGGACAUUGAACAAUUUUACAAUACAAACAUUGAGGAAAUGCCUAUGAAUGUAGCAGAUUUGAUCUAGAUAUCGCAAUCGAGGUCGGAGUCAAGUGGAAGAUAUAGCAUCUUAUCAAAGUGUAUAUCGCUGUUGAGGCGUGCACACAACGUGGACUAUUAUCAUUGUCUAUUGACACUGUAUACCGCAAAUAUUUUUGUGCCCGGAAUAUGAACAUUUUGGGUGUUCCUUGAGGAAAUCUGACAUUGUAUAAUAUAAUAUUACUAGUGCGUACCUUUAUCAGGGUGAGCCAGGUUUUAUGGUGUCAGAUAUACUGAGGACUUCAUUAAAAACCGUUAGUGGUUGAUCCUAUUAUUUGUAAUUACAGGAGUACACAUUUUUAUAGGUAUUUAACACUAUCGAUAGUGUUAUCUCUCGGACAUUAAAUUAUUUUAGCAGUGCUAGGACAGAUUGGUGCCUGGAAAGAAUUUUUUUUUAUAUAUAAACAUUUUGUUCUCGUGAUAAAUUUUUUUUUUUUUUUUGUGUAAAUUUAUUGAAACUUGACAGGUGCAAAUUGGUGGUGUGGUCAAGUGAUCAACGAUUGUUCAGUGUUUUAUUUAUAGUGUCUCUCUACAGUGAACUUGUUGGCACUUAGCUGCAGCACAAAUUACAACUAUUUCCGACUUGCUACAUCAAAUUAAUGCUUAUCUGUGCUAUAAUCGCAUACUGUGAAAUACUGAUCAAUCUGUUUUGAGUCUUUUUCCUUAUUUUCAUUUCUGACAAUAAGAACUUUGUACCGCGUGCUAGUAAACAACACGACAUGUGCUGGUCGAAUCCUAUGUGGAAAAGAACACUGUUCUGGGCAUACAACACCUGCCAACCUGUAAGUUAUGUGACAUGUGAAAAAGAUUCAAGCCAUAGAUGUAUUAAAAAUUGUUGUACAAACUACAAA